AGGCGGGGCAAGCCGGGCCACGUGAGGGCCGGGAUUGGCUGGCUCUGGAGGCGCGGGGUAGUCCGGUUUCUACUGUCACGUGGUGUGCGCUGUUUUCUUAUCACGUGCCUGCUGCCCAGCAUAGGCUGCAUGCGGCGGGGGCGGGCUUCCGCAAUCCUGCUCGGCGGAGGGGUGAGUGGCCGGCCCCGCCCCUUCCGGUCCUUGAAGCCGCGACCACCACCUGCGCCCACAUCCCAGAGGCCGCUCUGCUCCUGUCGCUUCUUUGGAUGCCAGUGCUGCUGCCUGGGGCCUCCCGCCUUCUGUUGCUACCCCGAGCCCUGCUGUCCAUGGCUUCAGGAAGCCCCCCGUCCCAGCCCUCGCAGGCCUCGGGCUCUGGCUAUGUUCCCGGCUCCGUCUCUGCAGCCUUCGUCACCUGCCCCAACGAGAAGGUUGCCAAGGAGAUCGCCAGGGCUGUAGUGGAGAAGCACCUGGCAGCCUGCGUCAACCUCAUCCCUAAGAUUACAUCCAUCUAUGAGUGGAAAGGAAAGAUUGAGGAGGACAGUGAGGUGCUGAUGAUGAUUAAAACCCAAAGUUCCUUGGUUCCAGCUUUGACAGAUUUUGUUCGUUCUGUGCACCCUUAUGAAGUGGCCGAGGUGAUUGCAUUGCCUGUGGAGCAGGGGAACAUCCCAUACCUGAAUUGGGUGCGCCAGGUGACAGUUAUUUCUGACUCCAGCACAGUCCAACCAUGAUGAGCCCUGUUCCUGCCAUGUUCCCCUCAUACACUUCAGUGCCCUCUGACUUCCAGGUGAUGGCACCCUAAUAAAUCCUAUCUUUGGUUCUUGCU